UUGGAAGGACAUGAGGGUUUGCUGGUGAUGUCAACCUUUCCAUCUUCUUCCUCUAAGAGUCUGAUCUCCACCCCGCUCAAGUCCAGAUCCAGCGGAGACUCGACGUCCUCUCUGCUGUCACCCAUCUAUCAUGACAGCUUUGAGCUUUCAGAGGACGAGCCGGAGUCAGAUAAGCCUCAGCCCAUGCACAACAUCACCGUCACGUUAAGAGAAGACGUCGCUCCAGGCUGUCCAUUCAGGGACGAGGUGGACAUAACAGGCCUGGAAGACAGAUCUUCCAGCGUGCAGUUCAAGCUGAGUGCUUGGGAGCAGUGGAUUGUGGAUAAAGCCAAAGAGGAGCGUAUCGGAAAGCAACAAAAAGCUAUGGAGGAGCUCACACUGAAGGAAAAACGGAACGAGAAGGAACAAGAACAGCAGAAGAAGACAGUUGUCGGUGAUUGCAAAAUUCAAGAGUGGCUGCAAAUGAAACGAGAACAGGAAAAGAAAGAGAGAAUGUCCAAAGGGUUUCAGAAAAGCAAAGAACAGCUUCAAGAGGAGAAAAGACGUGCUGAGAUUGAAAAGAAAGCUCAGGAGAAAUAUAAGGAGUGGCUGCGAAAGAAGAAGCAAGAAGAAAUGGAGAGAAAGCUAAAAGAGAAGGAAGAGGCAGCCGGAAGAGAAGCAGAAGAGAGGGAGCGCAGAGAAAAGGCAGAGGAAAGCUUUAAAGAAUGGCUAGAAGGUGUAAAAACAAAGGGAAAACUGAGCCGACAAUCAUCAGCAUCCUCAGCCGGCAACUAUAACAAUGUGAACUAUCCAGCUCCGAGUUUCGUCAACCCCAUUCCCUGGAAACCCAUUCAGCAAGAGCGAACGCCCAGGAAGAGUUCGGCCCGUAAGAGAAUGCCAGGACCACCAAAGAGCCAGUCGACCUCCUGUCUCACAUACAGACCUAAAGACACGAUCAGCUUCGCUUGUAAAAGGCGGUGACGCUGACCUCUGCUGGUCUGAGUCCAGCGGUACCUCUUCUAAAGACUUGCAGCGUUUUUGUCAAGUAUUUCAAAAGACUC